GAAUGCGUAACAGAUUCCCACCAACAGGGGGCGCUGGUGCUGGGAGUCCCCCCUCAUCUUUACAAAGACAACUUCCGGCCCGGCAGCGGAGGUUUGCGGUGUUUUGAGCUUCACUCCGAAACAUAGCUGCUUCCCUGGUGAUUUAAACAGGAUGGCAGAGGAGGCGCAGGUCGGUGCUUCUUCGCGGGCGGAAAGGAAAGCUUUAGAAAAGGCCAAAAUACUCCAACGCGAGAGCGAGAGGAAGACCUUCAGACUGGUCGGACGGGUCCUGAAGAAGCCGGAGACCGAGCGCUCGGAGGAAGAGGCCGCGGUGCUGCUGCUGCACAGGGACACGGUGGAGGAGCUGUGCAAGAGACAGGUCCGCAGGAAUGUGCUCAAGAGGAAGCAGGAGGAGGUGUUUGAUGAGGCUGAUGAGCUGAAAAGUAAAGUGAGGCAACUCGCAGUAGCUGUCAAGCAAGCGAAUCACAUGGUGGUUUACACUGGAGCUGGCAUCAGCACGGCAGCUUCUAUCCCGGACUACAGAGGCCCUAAUGGGGUUUGGACGCAGCUGCAGAAGGGACGAACCGUUGGCUCAUCAGACCUGAGUAAAGCAGAGCCAACCCUCACACACAUGGCCAUUAGGACGCUUCAUAAGGAGAAGCUGGUCAAGCACGUUGUUUCUCAAAACUGCGAUGGACUUCACCUGCGUAGCGGUCUACCUAGACACGCCUUGUCUGAGCUCCACGGAAACAUGUUCAUUGAGGUGUGUGCGUCCUGUUCCCCGCUCCGAGAGUACGUGCGUUUAUUUGACGUGACGGAGCGAACAUCACUGCACCGGCAUGCGACGGGACGCAGGUGCAGCCACUGUGGCGAUGAACUGAAAGACACCAUAGUGCACUUUGGGGAGCGUGGGACCCUAGAGCAACCUCUCAACUGGAAGGGAGCCGCAGAGGCUGCCAAGACGGCAGACGUAAUCCUCUGCUUAGGCUCCAGCCUGAAGGUUUUGAAGAAAUACGCUUGUCUGUGGUCCAUGAGCAGACCAGCCAACAAAAGGCCCAAACUCUACAUCGUCAAUCUCCAGUGGACACCAAAAGACGACCUGGCUGUUUUGAAAAUUCACGGCAAGUGUGAUGAUGUUAUGAGCCUCCUCAUGGAGGAGCUAAAUAUUCCAGUUCCUCCAUAUGACAGGGCAGACGACCCCAUCUUCAACCUAGCCAUCCCUCUGAGGCCAGAAGAGGUGAAAAGCCAUACUCGUGAAGUGAUAGCGCCCCCUAAUGGACAUGAGGAUGGCCCAGCUGACCCUGAGGAGCGGGCGGAUGAAGCCAAAUGUGUGCAGGGUGGCUGGUUCGGUCGAGGCUACAGCAAAGGGAGGAAGAAGAAGAAAAAAGCUGCGUGAUCGAGUGUACACAGAGUACAUGUUGCCAGUGAUCUGUCCCAGUGAGGGAUUCAAAUUCUGUCCCAUUAUGAGGACAAGUUAGCUUCAAGGUGCUUCUGGUUUACUGUCCUUUUUUGAUUGAGUUUUGUUGUGCAUCUGAUGUUUCUCAUGGCAGCUAAACUAAGGUGGGUGGGCCAAAUUUAUUCGCCAAAUCCCAGCACAGCAUGACACCAACAAUGAAAUCAUUGUGUGUUUACUAAGUGGGUGAGGAGUGCUAGCUGAUUGGAGCAUACCAUAUAUGUUCAUGGGAUGUGGUGACACUCAGUGUUUAUAGGGGGUGAAAGGCAGCACAACAACAGCCACGUGUCACUGGCCAAUUUUUGAAUUGCGCAUCUUUAGUGUUAUGAGAUUUAAACUUUUUCAGGAGACAUUUUCUACAUGUACUGAGUAAAAUGUAUUUUUGCAGUCCUUUUUUGCAUAACUGUUUUUGAAUGUACCUUAUUUGCGUUGUUUAUUUGAGGUAUUUUGGUUUAUCUAAAUUAUUUUCUCAAGGCACAGCUGACCUUCUCUUGCUGUAUCCCGUCCUCAGGUACGCAGGUUACACGUUGCAGCCGAUGCAGUAUCUUAGUUUACUGAAGUUGGUGAAUUUGUUUACAUGUUUGUCUUGUUUUGUUUACUGCAGCCUAAGAAGGACAGCUUGAGUUUUUUGAUUUUCAUGUUACUGGUUGCUGUAUCUAUUCAUUUGUCUCAGGAAGAUCCAGCAGUAUUCAUCAUGUACCGUAUAGUGACAGAAGUUAUCGUAUAGUAUUAAGCAUUCCUAAAACUCUAACCAGUGCUAAAACUGAUUGUGAUUGUCUUUGGUUUUUGGCGUAUUUUGUAAAGAAAACUGCUAUAAUAAGUGCAACAAUAAAUCAUGUUCGUAUAAAG